AUGCACUACCAGUCUACUCUCUCUAUCUUCCUCUUCCUAGCAACUUCCAUCUCCGCCCAAACCCGCUGUGACCCUGUCGCCUCCGCUAUCCCAACUUGCGGCGUUCCGUGCAUUCAAUCCGCCGCGUCAUCCGUUGGUUGUGGCGGAACUGAUUAUUCGUGCCGAUGCACUAAUUCUGCUGCCAUUCAAAACGGUGCGCUUGGGUGCGUAGUAGGCAAUUGUGGAAUUGCGACGGCGCUGCAGGUACAAGCUAGUGCAAGUGCGGUUUGUGCUUGUGUUACUGGAGCUGCAAGGAUCUAA